AUGUGCCCGCUUGAGUACAAAGUGCAGGACGGCAUCGCGGAAGUGGACGCGGUGGUGGACUGCCUUUUGCAACACCAGGUGGCCAAAAUCGAGCAGACGAUUUCUCAGAAGGCAGCGCUUUUUGAGCCAAGACGGGCAGCGAGCACCCAGAAGAUGGAUUUUGUCCUCAAGCCGAAGGUGCCAGGCGCCACGUGGACAUUGUGGCAAGAGGUCUUUGCCAUUUUGGACCCCAGAAACACCGGCUGGAUCACCAACCCUGCGUUGCAGUCAACCAGAUUGAUCUGUCCGGAGGUCUGCAACUAUAUGUGCGAGCUGCUGUGUGGCGCGGCCAGCGUGGCGGUGCGUCAGCAGGAGGCGCCCAGCGACGGCUUCUCCAAGGAGGACUUUCUCCGAAAGAUGUUGGAGGUGACGAAUCUGAGACACCCGGAUUCUUAG